UUUAUUAUGGAUCAACGAUCGAGUUAUAAGCAUUUUUGUAGAAUUUGCAAGAAAGGGUUUGGAUGUGGAAGAGCGCUCGGUGGGCAUAUGCGGGCGCAUGGGAUCGGGGACGAAAGUUGGAGCAUUGAGGAUGACGAUGUUGUGAGUGAUUGGGAGGUGGAGAAAUUAGGCGGGGAUUCACCGCUUAACAAUAAGCGUAUGUACUCGUUAAGGACAAACCCUAAUCGGUUGAAGAGUUGUAGGGUUUGUGAGAAUUGUGGGGAGGAGUUUUCGUCGUGGAAAUCUUUCCUCGAGCAUGGUAAAUGUGGCUACGAUGCCGCCGAAUCGCUGGUGUCGUCGCCGGGGUCGGGCGGUGGUUGGUCUAAGAGGAAAAGAUCAAUGAGAGCUGAGAUGGGUCAUUUCAAUAGCGAAGAAGAAGAACUUGCCAAUUGUCUUAUGAUGUUAUCAAAUGCAACCGUUGUGAGGGAGGUCGAGGUUGAUAUCGAGGCUGAAGCGGAGGAGUCUUGUGCUUCAGCCAGCAAAGAAGAUGAGAUGAUCAUCAAAAGGAAGAAUAAUACAAUGAAUUUCAUUGCUCCCAUUGCAUGUAGGGUACCAAUGGAUCAUAAUAAACCCAAAGGGUUAUUUGAGUGCAAAGCAUGCAAGAAAGUGUUUAAUUCCCAUCAAGCAUUGGGUGGACAUAGAGCUAGCCAUAAGAAAGUUAAGGGUUGUUUCGCGGCCAGGCUUGAUCAUUUCGAUAAGACCCAACAAGUUGACGAAGACCACGAUGUCAUCACGCAUGAGGAACUUCUUCCGACGAAAUCGACCUCCCAUAUACAACUUGAUCAAGGAACUAGCACUCCAUUUGCGGCCUCUACGUCGAAAAAGAAACUGAAAGUACACGAGUGUUCAAUCUGCCAUCGGGUUUUUUCGUCGGGACAAGCAUUGGGAGGGCAUAAAAGGUGCCAUUGGGUCACUUCAAAUUCACCGGACACUUCAUCAUUGACCAAGUUUCAUCGGUUCCAAGAUCAAACGGCGCACAUUCGGCAAAAACCAAAGUUAAAUAUUGAUCAAUCGCUUGACCUUAAGCUUGAUCUUAAUCUUCCUGCUACAACAGAUCUUGAUCUUGUACGACGAAACCAUGUGAACCCAUAUUUGCAACCAUUUACAGGGAUCGAUCCCAAAGAGAAGACGACCAUUAAUAAUCAAAAUCAACUGCAAGUUGACGCCAUUGAUCGUAAGAAGAGUGAUUUUAAUAGUAGUUGUUUGCAAAAUGCAGAUGAUGAAGCUGACAGUAAGGUGAAGUUAGCAAAACUAUGUGAACUAAAGGGGAUCAAUGUGAGUGGAGGUUCUUCAUCUCCAUGGCUUCAAGUUGGGAUUAGUUCUGACCCUUAA